UGCCGCGAGUGGUACGUACGUAUUUAUAAAGUUCUAAAUAAGGGCAUCGUUAAAACAGAAGCGCGUUUAUCGUUUCAGAAAAAAACUAACCUAAAUGUUGUGUUCUUUCGAGUUAAUUAGACGUGUCCCGUUGAGUGGAAAGGUUCGUUAGAAUUCAGGAAAGCGGAUGCUAAUGCCAUCCAACGCCAAUUGGUACAACCGCCGAGGGCGUGGUUCGAGGCGAAUGAGCCUAAUCUCUCACAGGAAAUAUACGAGUACAACUGCAGACCAGAUGUACCAAUAAACCGAUCGCUAUUAUGGGGUUUCGUGCCGCACUCACUGAAAUACCGGCAGCCUUGAAAGUUGCUUCGUUGCACGCUCUAUGACUCAGAACGAAGAAGCAGAAUCAAAGUUUAUUAGUUAUGAGUAAUUAGCGAAUGAUAGUUAUGAGUAAUUAGUAAAUGAGAGAAAUUUAUGAUUGGCGAGAUUACAUCUACGAGAUCUUUACUUGGCAACCGUACGCCCCGGUCUUGAUUUAUGGUGGAAUUAUCUUCAAACAGCCUGAUUGCGCCAAGCCGUCGCCAGGAAGGGAAUAGCAGGGAAUUAAUUGCGGGUCGUCCUUUCGUGGCAAGCUUUCCAACCGAUGCUCGAUUAUUUCAAGGAAUCGUCGUUUCGCCACGAGUUCGCAACGUUGGGAAUUGCACAACGCAGGGCUGGCGGGACGAAACGGUUCGCGAUUUUAAAACCGUCGAUUUUCUUCUCUCUAUGACAAUUCACGAGCGUAAACAUCCAGUCAGAUUUUUACAGAAGGCUUUCGACAUGAUUCGCAAUGCGUAUAAAACGUAUGCACGCGGGCGAACCCCGUUCAGUUCACGUUCAAGAGGAUAUCCCGUGCCACUUUCAGCCUUAGCUAUGAAAUACUUUCUGUGCCUUAUGGUCGUCGUCGCUUGCGAAGCUGCAAGACUACCAAGAGUAACCGACCAAGGAUAUUUCCAAGACUACCAGGGCGGUUUCCCGAACAAUGACGCCUCAGCCUACCAAAACGUCCAAGGGAACGGUGGCGCAGCUGCGUUUUUCGGGGACUACAGGGGUCAGGAAGGGAACUUGGGUCUUGGAAGUGAGUUCUUCCCGCAUCAAGCACCUAUCGGCGGCAGACAGGAUCUCAAUCACUUGCCAGGGGGUAAUUUCCAAUCGAAACGCGUCGCACAUACUAAGUUACUACUGUUCGCUAUCGUUGAUCUAUUUUCAGUUCCCUUCGGCGACGUCGGCGCGAACCAAGUGAACUUCAGGGCUCAAAACGACGGACAUCCGGGCCACGAUUUCAAUUUCCAGCCGCCGAGAUUCUAUUGAUACCGCGCGUGUAAUUAAUGCGUCACGUUUGCCACGCGAUGGAAGUAAUUUAAUCGGCUCGGUCGCAAUUAAGAUCGUUCCCCAACACCGCCGAGUCACGAUUCACGGAUCAAGCUGUACGAACACACCGCAGAAAAUAAAGUAUCGAUCGAAGAGACGACGAUUUGUUUAGUGA